AUGAGAUAUGAUGAAGAAAUAAAACAAAUGUUAACUGAAAUAUCAGCCAUAUCAGACAUCAAUAAAGGUGAAGCUUUUUUAAUUAAAUAUAGUCAUAAAGAAUUGUAUACAAAUUUUGAAGAAAAGACAAUGAUUAUCAACUUAAUUAUAUCAACUAUCAAGAUAUUGUGA